AUGCCGAGAAGAUUUCUGAGUGAAGCUACGAGGAAUACCCUCUAUCUGGAUUGUAUGAACAGGAAGUUUGACGAUGUAUUGAGAGUAGUACGCAGCACCAGCGCAAAUGAGAUGGAUUACGCGUUCCUGCAAUUGUAUCUUUCUAGGAGCUGCCAAUGGGGUCAUAUUGCUUCGGUGACACAUAUAUGGGACAAAUACGUGCUUCGGCUGAAGAUGAUGACGGUCCAUCCAUCACUACUUUGUGAAAUUGGUAACCUGGCACUCAACGAAGGCAAGCACUUUCUUCCUCCGCAAAUAUAUCAUCACUAUGUUAAGUUCUUUAGUGGUACUAUGCCAAUAGAUGAAGAACAACGGAUUGAAUACGAGCUGCUGCGUAUAAAAGUUGAAAGUUUUGCCAAGGGUACAAUGCUAAAGACUAGAUUCAGAGAAAAAUGGAAGGUACUUUUGGAAGAUAUGGAUCACCACUUGUCUUCAGCUAUGGAAUUCAGAGUGCGCGACUUUCCAUACUUGACUAAAAGUGUCCAGCUGGAAGACAACGAAAUGCUCAUGAAAUUGCUCUUUGAUCAGAACAAACUUGAUAUCAAGAAUAGAUCUACUGCUCCGCUUCUUCUGAACAUAAUACUGUCGCAACCUCAGCAAAGUAUAGAGUCAAAGAUUAGUUUAUUUGAAAAGUUUUACGAUACUCACAGAUCAUUGAAGUAUGAUGACACUUUAACUAUCCUUUUCCGAUUGUGCAAAGGUGAUGGCUAUCGAUUGAGCAAGCUAGGGCAAAUGGUUGAAGAGAAAGGAUUGAACCCGUUGUCGUCAGUGGCAUUGAGGGCUUUCACUAAUGGGAUCAAAGAUACUGAGUAUUCAUUUGAUCAGCUAACAAACUCCAGUCCAGCUCAGCAUUAA